GAUGUUCCUGGGGAGCAUCGCCCGCGCUGCCCCGUACCUGCUGCGUGCCGGGGUGCGGCAGCGCCCGCGGGGCUCAGCCUCUCGGAGCCCAUCUGGAUGGGGCCCCUCCAGAGCCGUGAUCUGCGACGCCGGCGGAGUGCUCCUCCCAUCCCCUUACAAGACAGCCACGGACUGGGAGGCCCGGAAUUGUAUUCCAGCCGGCACCAUCCAGCAGGCUGCACUCUCUGGAGGGGAAAACAGUCUCUCUCUGAAGUACACAAGAGGAGAGCUGACAACUGUGGAGUUUUUGCAGGAAUUGGGACGGCAGUGCUUUGAGAUUGCAAAUGUCUGUGUUCCAGUGGACUCUUUGCUCUCGGACUUAAUCAGAAAGGAGAUGAUAAAACAGCUCCCCAUAAUGGCAGAAGCAGUACAGUGUAUCCGUGCAGAAGGUCUUAAGACAGCUCUUCUAAUGGACAACUUCUGCCUGCUGAAUGGGAAGAGCUUUCUGCCCCUAGACCAAAAGCACUUUGAUGUGAUGGUUGAAUCCUGUCGGGAAGGGAUGGGCAAGGCAGACCCUCGGAUCUACAAGCUGUGCUUGGAGCGCUUGGGCGUUCAGCCCCAGGAAUCCAUCUUCCUCGACAACAGCAGCCAGAACCUAAAAGCAGCAGCCCAGCUUGGCAUUAAAACACUGAAGGUCGAUGAUCCAGAAGCAGCAUUCAAAGAGCUGGAAGCAUGUCUGGGUUUCCCUUUACAAGGGUUUGUUCCAUAUACUCGUGCAGUCAGACCAAGCAUGGAAAUCCCAAAAGACAACCUGCAAAAGUACCUCGAGAAUGUUCUUGGUGACCACACCACAGGCCCAUUAGUGUUACGGCAGUUUGGCCACGGACACUCCACGCGGACCUAUUCUGUCAGGUUUGGAGAUCACUUGCUAGUGCUAAAGAAGGAGCCCCCUGACAGCCCACAUCCCUCUGGCCCUGCUGUCAGGAGGGAAUACAGGUUACUGAAGGCCCUUGCUGAAGCUGGUGUUCCUGUUCCCACUGUACUUGCUCUCUGUGAGGACAGAAGCACCCUUGGGACACCUUUCUACCUAAUGGAGCACUGUGCUGGCCGUGUCUACAGCGACGUCUCCCUCCCCGCGCUGCAGCCCUGCCAGAGGAGAGCUCUUUAUGCUGCCAUGAGCCAAGUCCUCUCCAAGAUCCACAGCGUAGACUUCAGAGCAGCCAAGCUGGAGGAGCUCGGGGAGCACGGUAAUUACAUUCAGCAGCAAGUUGAGACCUGGACAAAGCAGUACCGAGCUACAGAAACUCGUGUUAUCCCAGCCAUGGAAAGACUCAUCGAGUGGCUGCCUCUGCAUCUCCCUGACUCUCAGAAGACAACAGUUGUGCACGGUGAUUUCAGGAUGGACAACCUGGUCUUUCAUCCAGACAGGCCAGAAGUUCUUGCUGUCCUUGGCUGGAAGCUUGCAGCUCUAGGAGAUCCCAUCUCUGAUUUGGCGAAUAACUGUCUGGCCUACUUCCUGCCACCUCACUUUAGUGCACUGAGAGGCUUGAGGAAGUGUGAUUUGGGGCCCUUGGGAGUCCCCACAGCAGAGGAGUAUUCCCAGAUGUACUGUGGCCACACGGGAGUGGAGCGGCCGGAGAACUGGAAUUUCUACAUGGCCUUUGCCUUUUUCCAGCUGGCUGCAGCGCUGCAGGGACCCUCCAAGCACCCUGUGCCAGCCCCAGGUGAAAGCAGCCCAGAGGAUGUAGAGUUUGUGGCCGACCUGGCCUGGGAUUUUGCCACCAAGGAAGGAUUCCGUGUGUUUGACACCCUCCCCACCACACAGCU